CAGAAAGCGACGCCGAGGUGGGUAUCAAUCUACUGGCUGUCCGCCGUCGUCUUUUGCCUGUUCGCUGCGGGGUCCAUUCUCGAUAUUCCUUUAACGCAACUCAUCGAGGACAACAUUUGCAGUCGAUAUGCUCAACAAGGUACUACAACUGACAGGCACUGCAAAACUGAUGAUAUACAGUUCAAGUUGGCCUAUCUCAAUGGCAACCUCCCCCUCGUGGAGGCAGUAGUCGGUAUAGAUCGCCCUGCUAUCGACAUUUGCAUGAAAAUUUCCGAGCUGACUCAUUGCUCAAGAGCGAUAUUCGAAUUCCAUUAUUCUAUCGAAGAUGGGAGCUUUACUUACCUUGGCCUGGGAGUCCGCUGUUGUUGCGUUUACAAAGUAGUUCGAGUCCAGGCAAUUUUGGCUGGUACGCUGUUUACGGUAGUUGUAGGUGGAAACACAUUGCUCCUCGCUAAUUUGUACUCGAUCGCAUCAGAUUUGGUGGCUCAAUCAGACAGGGCAUCCGCUUUCUUCCUGGUGGCAUUUUCCAGCCUAGUGGGAGCCUCUCCUGGCCCAGGGCUCCAAGCUGCUUUUGCGAUAUCGCAAUCCAGGCGUCAAGGAUCUAAUAUUCGAGCGUGCAUCGGUUGCAUGUGCCGCUGUCGGGGCACUUUGCAUGGCGGGGCCAUAGAUAGGGAUGGUAAUGGCCGGGCUGGCAGUGCAUAG